CGUGGCCCCGGGGCUGGGCUCGCCUUGCCGUGGCUGGCGGAGAUGGUGCCCGCGCCAGGGUUAGUCUUGUCCCCACCUCCCACCCUUGCAGCUGCUGGUCUAGCGCGUGUGGGCGCCGCUCCCCUGGCCGGCUGCGAGGCGCUGCUGUAUGCCCGUGUGACCCAACUUCCCAGCUCGCCGGAGAAACGCCGCCUGGAUAAUGUCCACACCGAGCAGAUUCAAAAAGGACAAAGAGAUCAUAGCGGAGUAUGAAAGUCAAGUGAAAGAGAUUCGAGCUCAACUGAUAGAGCAGCAGAAAUGUCUGGAGCAGCAAACUGAAAUGAGGGUGCAACUUCUUCAGGACCUGCAGGAUUUUUUCCGCAAGAAAGCAGAAAUAGAGACGGAAUAUUCUCGCAAUCUAGAAAAAUUAGCAGAAAGGUUCAUGGCAAAAACAAGAAGUACAAAGGACCAUCAACAGUACAAGAAAGACCAGAAUCUCUUAUCUCCUGUGAAUUGUUGGUACUUACUCCUAAACCAAGUGAGAAGAGAAAGCAAAGACCAUGCAACUUUGAGCGAUAUCUAUCUCAACAACGUUAUCAUGCGCUUCAUGCAGAUAAGUGAGGAUUCUACCAGAAUGUUCAAAAAGAGCAAGGAGAUUGCAUUCCAGCUUCAUGAAGAUUUAAUGAAAGUUUUAAAUGAGCUUUAUACGGUCAUGAAAACAUACCAUAUGUAUCAUGCAGAGAGCAUCAGUGCAGAAAGCAAGCUGAAGGAGGCGGAGAAACAAGAAGAAAAACAGAUUGGGAGGUCAGGAGACCCUAUAUUUCAUAUCCGACUAGAGGAGAGACACCAAAGGCGGAGUUCUGUGAAGAAGAUUGAGAAAAUGAAGGAAAAACGUCAAGCAAAGUACUCUGAAAACAAGCUCAAAUCUAUUAAAGCUCGAAAUGAGUACCUACUAACCCUUGAAGCAACCAACGCUUCUGUUUUCAAGUAUUAUAUUCAUGACCUUUCAGAUUUAAUUGAUUGUUCCGAUCUUGGAUAUCAUGCAAGUUUGAACAGAGCCCUAAGAACAUAUCUUUCUGCAGAGUAUAACCUUGAAACCUCUAGACAUGAAGGCCUAGACAUCAUUGAGAAUGCUGUUGAUAGCUUGGAGUCCCGAAGUGACAAGCAGAGAUUUAUGGAGAUGUAUCCCACUGCCUUUUGUCCACCGAUGAAAUUUGAGUUUCAGUCUCAUAUGGGGGAUGAGGUUUGUCAGGUCAGUGUCCAGCAACCGGUGCAAGCAGAGCUUAUGCUCAGGUAUCAGCAGCUACAGUCACGACUGGCCACACUCAAAAUUGAAAAUGAAGAGGUUAAGAAAACAACAGAAGCUACUUUGCAGACAAUACAAGACAUGGUCACCAUUGAGGACUAUGACGUAUCAGAAUGUUUCCAGCACAGUCGCUCUACAGAGUCUGUGAAGUCAACUGUCUCUGAGACAUACAUGAGUAAGCCCAGCAUUGCAAAAAGAAGAGCUAACCAGCAGGAGACUGAACAGUUCUAUUUCAUGAAAUUCAGAGAAUUCCUGGAAGGGAGUAAUCUCAUCACAAAGCUGCAAGCAAAACAUGAUUUACUGCACAGGACACUUGGAGAAGGUCACAGAGCUGAAUACAUGACCACAAGGCCUCCAAAUCUUCCCACUAAUCCCCAGAAACACAAGAAGCCCAGGCCACAAUCACAAUAUAAGGCUAAGCUGUCUAAUGGUGAUUUGGAGUCAUUUAUCAAGGAUUUAGGACAAGUUAUUCCCCUCAUAGUGGAAAGCUGCAUCAGAUUUAUCAAUUUAUAUGGUCUUCAGCAUCAGGGAAUUUUCAGAGUGUCUGGUUCUCAGGUGGAAGUCAAUGAUAUUAAAAAUUCAUUUGAGAGAGGUGAAAAUCCUUUGGCAGAUGACCAAAGCAACCAUGACAUUAACUCAGUUGCUGGAGUACUGAAGCUCUAUUUCCGAGGGCUGGAAAAUCCUGUCUUUCCUAAGGAAAGAUUUAAUGAUCUUAUUUCCUGUGUCAGAAUAGAUAAUCUCUAUGAGAGGGCUCUUCACAUCCGCAAACUCCUCCUGACUUUACCCAGGUCUGUCCUUAUAGUGAUGAGAUACCUGUUUGCCUUCCUUAACCACCUCUCUCAAUACAGUGAUGAGAACAUGAUGGAUCCUUAUAACUUGGCCAUAUGUUUUGGCCCAACACUGAUGCCUGUUCCAGACAUACAAGACCAGGUGUCAUGUCAAGCUCAUGUGAAUGAAAUAAUCAAAACAAUCAUCAUCCAUCAUGAGGCUAUUUUCCCAGAUGUUAAAGAACUAGAUGGUCCUGUUUAUGAAAAAUGUAUGGCUGGAGACGAUUACUGUGAUAGCCCAUAUAGUGAACAUGGUACACUAGAGGAAGUGGACCAGGAUGCCAGUACAGAGCCUCACACCAGUGAAGAUGAAUGUGAGCCUAUAGAAGCUAUAGCCAAGUUUGACUACAUUGGAAGAUCUGCACGAGAACUCUCCUUCAAAAAAGGAGCCUCCUUGCUUUUGUAUCAUCGAGCAUCCGACGACUGGUGGGAAGGAAGGCAUAAUGGAAUUGAUGGCCUAGUACCUCACCAAUAUAUAGUGGUGCAGGAUAUGGAUGAUAACUUCUCAGAUACACUGAGCCAAAAAGCAGACAGUGAAGCCAGCAGUGGGCCAAUAACUGAGGACAAGUCCUCAUCCAAGGACAUGAACUCCCCAACUGAUCGUCAUUCUGACAUAUAUUUAGGAAGGCAAAGAAAGAGAUCAGAACCACCUCCUCCAAGGCGCCCAGGCAGGACCAGUGAUGGCCAUUGCCCAGUACACACACCGCAUGCACUCACCAACUCAUCAGCGGAGCUUGGUUCCCCCAACAUGUCAAGUCAUUGCAGUCCUCGAGCCCUUCUGCAAAAUCGCAACCUCAAAACAGACAGCCCCGAAAGGCGACGUAGACCGGGGCAUGGCAGCCUCACCAACAUUAGUAGGCAUGAUUCACUAAAGAAGAUUGAUAGUCCUCCUAUUAGAAGAUCUACAUCAUCUGGUCAAUACCCAAGUUUCAAUGACCACAAGCCACUGGACCCAGAGUCGAUAGCUCAGGAUAUUGAAGAAACAAUGAACACAGCUCUGAAUGAACUCCGUGAGCUGGAACGGCAGAGCUCUGCGAAGCACGCCCCUGAUGUGGUGUUGGAUACAUUAGAACAAAUGAAAAACUCACCCACAUUUGCCACCUCCACAGAAUCACUAAGCCCUCUCCAUAGCGUAGUGUUAAGGAGCACUGAGCCUCAGAUUCGACGUAGCACUAGUUCUUCCAGUGAUACCAUGAGUACUUUUAAGCCCACGGUGGCCCCCAGAAUGGGAGUGCAGCUAAAACCCCCUGCUCUGAGGCCAAAACCCAUUGUUCUUCCAAAAACAAAUCCUACUAUAGGACCUUCUGCUCCUUCCCAAGGUCCAACAGACAAAUCUUGCACAAUGUAAAAAGCUAAGUAACCCUGGAGAUAAGAGUGGAGCAUGUUACAGACAGGCAUGGAUUACCCAUAGAAGUCAGGGUUCCAUAGCAUUGUUUGUUCAUGUUUAUAACUGGAGAUGUUUUGUUUUUCAGUGUUUUUGAAUGUAAAAUGUCUGAACCAGUAUCAUUAACAUGGGCAUUUGUAUUUUGUAUUGUUUCAAUUUUUUAAAAAAUAACUGGACAAUUGUGUGUCAUUUUAAAACAAAAACAGACUUACUUGAAAACUUAAUGCUGCACCAUUUAUAAUAAAAGGAACAGAUCAGAAAUGGCUUCCCACUUUGUACAAUACUUCAUAGUCUUACUGUAGCUUAAUAAGGGGUCCUGUACAAAAGUAACUUGAAUAAAUUCGUAAGUGGAUAUGGAACCCUUGACCACUAGGCCUUAGCAGUCUGGUUAGUAAGAGCUGAAAGUUAGCAUCUGAGAGAUUUGUUAAUGGCCUGUUUGAAGUCUGUGUGUAAUCUCAGUCCAUGUACAUUUUAAAAAUAUUUUUAAAAUUGGCACUAACAUUUAGCAUUUUUUGGUUGUUUUAUUGGAGGUCAAGUGCUGGAAUAAGAAUGGAGAGAAAUACUCUCUGACUUCACUCCAGGUCAGACUUAAGAGUGUAUUUCCAGGAUGAUAAGUUGUUUCUAAUGCUGCCACUGGUGCUGUACCUUUCUUUUGAAACUAGAAUUUCAGUCACCUGGACUGUCAGACACCUUUUACAAGCACUAAAUUAAUUUAAAGUUUACUAUUCAGUGAACCAAGUAUCUGUAGUUAUAAAGGUGGGUGGGUCUUUCUGUAUGUAAUAAAAGAUUUAAAGUAGCAAUUGAACAAUAAGUAAACAAAACAUUCCUUGAAUAUUAUGCCUCAGUAUCUUAGUCAAAUAAUUUGAGCUGUGAUAACUUAUAGUUUCAAAGCUGCUGUAUCCUCACUAGUGAUCCUUCACAGAGCAAACAAUGUGCAUGGUUUCUCUAGGCUACUUACUUAACUGAGAUAUUUUCUUCACCAAAGUUCUGGAAUAACUUCUCCCAAUUACACAGGAGGUUAUUGGCCCAGAAAUGUCAUUUUCUACUGUCUAGAUUAAACCUAAAUAAAAUUUGCCAGAACCAAUUUUCUUUUUAAAUUUUCUGUACAUUUCUCCUGUCUGUGUGUGAGUGAAGAUUUUCUCAAUUGUGCUUAGUGCUCCAUUAUUAAAAUUUGUUACAUGUGAAUUAAUUUUACAGCUGUUUUGCAUUUGAACACUAAGCCAUAACAUUAUUUCUGAGAUAAAUUACCGCUAUUACUUGCCCAAGCUAUAAGAUCAUUUAUAAUAAGUUUUAAUUACACAGCCAUGCAGUCAAGCUAUUUAUGAAGAAUACCCUGUGUAUCUUACCUAAAAUACCAUGGCCAUGAAAAGAGAGUCAGCUGCUGGUUAUCUAUAGGAAUAAAACUGGCUUCACAUAAGAAUUGUCUUUUUUGUUACAUUAGGAUCUUACCAUUCUUCCUAUGGAAUGGUGUAAGUUGUACCACUCACUAUACAGAAACAUAACUGGGGAGAGGGAAGAGUUAGUAUCUUGUACAAAACUUUGAUUAGUGUAGUAUAGUCUGUAUAAAGUCACAGAAGCCAUGUCCUAUUGUCAUUUGGGAAUUUAUUCCCACUAUGAUUUAUUAAUUGUAGUCACUUGAUAAGGAACUCCAAUCCCUAGGCAUGACAAAUAUCCCAUAAUCUGUAUUUGAUAGCAAGACUGUCAGGGCCAUUCAUAUUGUUGCUGAUAUUUGCAGAUCAAGGAAGGUUGCAAAACAUCCAAGGAAUCUGUCUGUCUGGGAGCUGCCUCAUAUAUAAACUCUUAGUUACAGUGGGCUCUUAGGUAUCAGUUUAAUCCACUGAGGCUACAAUUGUAUAAACAGGGUAACAAUUUGUCAAAUUUAUGUGUAAUUCUUGCCUGCUGCCUAUAGUCCUAAACUCAAAAGCAAGGACCUGAAGCUAGUCCCCAUUAAAGGUUAGCUUUACCCUAUUGGUAUGUUCACCUGUCCAGGAUCGGAAGUUAUUUUCAAUUAGUUUUGUAACUAUUAGAAUCAAUAGAACAAACUGGAAUUCCAGCUCUAAUUUACAUGCAGUUUUUAUGUUUAUUACCAGUGUGACAUAAUUGAGAUGAGUACCUGUAUCCUUAAGUUUCAUAGGGAAUUUUGUAUGUUUAAAAUAACUCUACUGGGCUCCAUAAUGCUUAUAUUAGAAAUUGUGUAGCAGAAGAAAAUAUUAGAAACAGUGCAUUUAGUGAAUGCAUCCACUUAAGAGCAUUCACACAAGUUAAAUGUGUAGUUUGAUGGUUAUUAUUGAUACUUAAAGUUUAGUAAGUGGAUAUGUAACAGAAAAGACUGACAACUACAACCAUACUAAAGGGUAACUCCUGCACACCUAAUCAAAUCAGUAUUGUCCUUUACUGUCAGUUUGAUAAAUUGCAGUACUGGUAGCUUCCUGCUUGUUGACUGUUACCUAAUUGUGUCAAUGUACAUCUGUAGUAUGUACAUGUGAAAGUGCCUUUAAAAAUUUUAGAGGAGCUUUAGCCUUGCUCUUGUACUGUUGCAUUUCCAUUGCGUUUGCUCUUGGUGGUAUACUGUCACAUUUUCACUGCAUUCUUCCCUGCUCUUGUACAGCCUCAUUCCUUCCGUUUUCAAACAAAAAAAGGUUUAAAAUACAGUUAUGGAAGAAAAAUGUACUGUUACUCUGUUGUGAUAAUGCACUUUUUUAUGUAUAGUACUGUACAUUUUGGCAUGUACCAUCACAGGCUUCAGUAUUCAUUCAGGUUUGUUCCCCUUAGUGUAUCUUUAUAAUAAAGAAGAUAGUUCUGUC